ACUGACUCAUCUUCUAAGGAGUCUUGUUAGUCGGAAUGGUGAACAAGGGGGCAAUAACUUGUCUAACAUUUUGCGAGAACCAGAGAAUUUGUUGAGAGAAGGGGGUUCAUCUAGGGAGUCAGAGAUGGUGCCAACUUUACUCUCCAAUGGUUCUCAAGGCUCUCCAACUGAUAUAAGACAACAUCAAACUGUAUCUAUGAAUAAAAUGCAACAAGAAGUGGUGCAUGCACAUGAUGCUAGGGCUACUGAUCAGCAGCUCAUGUCUUAAAUAAAGCCCAGCAUUUCAAACACUCCUCCAGCUUACGCAGAAGCCAGAGACAGUACCGCUGGACAAAUCAAGAUGAAUAAUUUUGAUUUGAAUGACAUAUAUAUUGACUCAGAUGAUGGCAUAGAAGAUCUAGAAAGAUUGCCUGGAACUACUAAUCAUGUCACUAGCUCUCUUGAUUACCCAUGGACACAACAAGAUUCCCAUCAGUCAAGUCCACCUCAGACAAGUAGAAAUUCAGAGUCUGGAUCUGCCCACUCCCCUUCUAGUUCCACUGGAGAAGCUCAGUGUCGCACAGAUCGUAUUGUUUUCAAACUCUUUGGUAAAGAGCCGAGUGAUUUUCCUCUUAUACUUAGAGCACAGAUUCUUGACUGGUUAUCACACAGUCCUACUGAUAUUGAAAGCUACAUACGACCUGGUUGUAUUGUUUUGACAAUUUAUCUGCGCCAGGCUGAAGCUGUUUGGGAGGAAAUUUGCUAUGAUCUGACUUCUAGUUUGGGUAGGCUACUGGAUGUCUCAGAUGAUACUUUUUGGAGAACUGGAUGGGUUCACGUCAGGGUGCAGCAUCAGAUGGCAUUCAUUUUCAAUGGUCUCUUACCUUAUAACAUGGAUUGUUGAUCUCUGUAUUUAUUGCAUCUGUUUAUAGGGUUCAAAGUUGCUCACCUCCGCUGCUCUCCUAAUUUAUGCUUAUGGUGCUGGUGGCUUUCCUGCUUGGAGCAUUAAUUUGCUGAACUGUUGCUGUUUUGCUGAAUUGUUGUUGUUUAACUAUUUUGUCCUAAUUUCAUGAGCAGUUGUUGUUUAACUUCAU